CUGCCUUAUUUUGGUAGUGGUGGUGGUGGUGGUGGUGCUGACAGUGGUGACAGUGGUAGUUGUUUUUUUUGUUUGUUUUCAGAACGUGUACCAAAUUGUCAAAAGUGUGGACAACAUGGACGAAAAUCACGUCUAAAAGGUCAUAAACGUGUAUGUCCGUAUAAGGAAUGCAGUUGUGCAAAGUGUCAAGUGGUUAGUGAAAGACAAAAAUUAAUGGCUGAUCAAAUUAAAAUACGACGUCGACAACGAAAAGAUACGUUAAUGAAUUUUACACGAAAAAAGAUAACUGAUACAUUGAAUGCAGCUGCCGUUGUUGCUGCCACAAAUCCGAUGCCGUAUUUAAGCAAUUUUAAUGCAUUAUUAUAUAAACAAUUGCAACAAAAUUUACAACCACCAACAACUGGAAUACUGCCCUGUUCAUCGCCAACCGGUAGCAGUGCUGCAGAUUCUUCAGCUUAUUCACCAACAAAUUCUGUACGCUAUUUUACACCAUCACCAACCGAUGUUCAAAAAGUUGCAGUAAAUAGUCAUAUUCAAACACCGAUACCACAGUUACCGUUACUAUUUUCUACACCAUCUGUAACAUUACCGUCAUCAUCAACCAAUAACAAUAUUAGCAGUAACAGUAACAACAACAACAAUACAACCAGCACUCAUCAUCAUCCAUCAGCGUUACUUGGAGCACCACAAAUUGCUGUACCAAUAGCAAUUAAUCCGUUGUUAGCCGGUUGUUCAACGUCAACAACCCUGUUAACAGAUACAUUUAGCAAAGCUAACAACAGCAAUAUUACUGUUGAGAAACAGUCACAACAACAACAACAUCACCACCAUCAUCAUCAUCAACAUCAUCAACAACAACAACAACAACAACCGACUAGUUUCAGUCUAGGAUUACAGGCAACACUUAAUAAUAAGACUAUUGUUGAAUCAUUCUUAGCAAAUAUGCGUCUUUUGGAGCAAAAAAUUUAUGCUGGUAUAACAACGCAUGAUGAUCCAUCAAAUACAGUUGUUGAUGUUUGUACUGUUUAA